UCGUAGUUUCGGGGUGCUUGCAUCAGCAGAGCGACUAGCAGGGAGUCGGCCCUUGCUACCUGGUGGCCGUCGUCCUGGUGCCGGUCAGGGAACGGGCCAGCAUCCUCCUGGAUGCCUUCAGCGGGCCGCCAUGCAUGCCAUUGGUGGAGUAAGACCGGCGGGGCGCCGCGCACUGGUAGGUUGCAGUGGUGGCUGCUGGGGUGUGGCAUCAUCAUGAACACGACGCUGCAGGUGCACCUGUUCGCGUUCAGCGGGCUGCUGCUGGAGCAGUCAGGGUGCCAGCUGGAUGGCUGCUGCAGGGGCACGCAGCAACAGCAGCAGCGGCCCCGGGUGCGGUGGGUGCGGUGUGGCCUGGUGUGGAUUGCGGAGGGGGGGCUGUGGCCUUCUGGCCGCCAUCUUUGUGCAUGCGGCUGCCCGCCUGGCCUCUGGGCGGAUCCGGUGCCGCUGGCCAUGCACUACGUUAUAGCGGUGGCCAUGGCGGCGGCAGUCUCCUGGAUGACAUGCAGCUAGCUGACACGAGUGUAAUGCGCAAGAUUAACUGAUGAACUAGUGUACACGCUUGUAUUGUUGCCACCGCACUGUGUGCACACAAAUGAGUGCUGGCAUGCGAGUGCAUGCAACCGAGUGCUGGCAUGCGAACGACACGCAAGUCAAAAUGCAUCUUACGGCGCCAUGACAGCAGAACGCAGAGCGGGUAGCAUCACCAUGCACGUGCGUCUGUGUGUUUUUGCCGGGUGUGGAUGCGCUGGAGAGAUAUUCAUUUUGAAGGCACUGCACCCCCACGGCAUUCGUUGGGAGUGUAGAUGCUGUAGUAGCGCAUUUGUGUACGAUAUGGCGGACAGGCGGCGGCAGCUUUGCUCCGCUUGCUGGGCAGAUAUGAGCUGGCGCGGCGGCCGGGUGGGACAGACGCACCUUACUCUAUCUUUUGUGUGCGUUACGGCUGCUUCAAGGCGAGGAUGCGCAAAUAGCGUAGUAAACACGGUGCAUUUGUGUUGGGAGAGAGAGAAACCAGUAUUACAGGAAGGAGUGGCUAGGUCGCGUAGUCAACAGGAAGAUGGUGAUAGGGACUGAAGCUAGCUGCAGAGUGCCGUUAACACACGACUGCAUAAUAAUGCUCCUGGGUUUGAUGGGUUGUCCUAGCAUGAUGCCGUUCAUCUUGCAAGCUGGUGGGGCUACUCGCGGAGUAGGGCUGCGAUUGAGAAUUUGGCGAAAGUAGGGAGAAAUGGGGGAGCUGCGGGCAUGUGGUGGCGUGGUGGGGCAGCAUGUGUGGCAUUGUAUUGUAGCGGCUGCCGCGGUGGCUCUGCGGCCCGCUCCGCCUGUGGAUAACAUGUGGCGCCUUUUUGCAUACUGGUGCGGCAGCUUGUUGCGGGAGAGUUAAUCUCGCCAUUCGCAUUCUAGCCAGAGCAGGAAGUGCAAGAGGGGAACAGGGU